GGGGCUUUGUGCGCCAGCUGGACAACAUUCCGCAACGAAAUGGCCAAACUGAAGGGUCGGGCAAAGGACUUCGAAGAUCCGGAUGAGAAAGUUACCAAGGACUACGAUCCGGAAGCCAACGAGCCAGACAGUGACAACAGCAGCGACAGCGGUGCCAGCGAUGAUCAGCAUGCUGGCACUGAGCACUAUGUUCCGGUUGGCAAGAGCAAGCUGAGGGAACGAGAAGGUGUAUCUCUAGGGCCCCAAUACAGUGGCUCUCGUGUCAGCCGAUCGGCAUUGGAUGCCGCAAGCGAACAGGACGACAGCGAGGGCGAGAGCAGCGAUGGUGACGAAAGCUAUGACGACCCCGAGACGGCAAAUUUGUCGACAGACGAGCUGCAAGCCAGCGAUUCGGAAAUUGACAGCGAGAAUGCGUUGGCGGAGUCUGACGCUGAGCGCUUCGGCAACUUCGUUUUUCGCGGGAGCUCCAAACCCGCGUCCUUGAAGUCUAAACAUGGCAAACGACCCACCGCGGUCGAUUUCAUGUCUUCGGACGAUGAUGAAGAGAGGGGCGGCGCAGCUGUAGAGGAGGACACAAGUGGCUCCGAGGUUUCCGAAUCUGAUGAUGACGAUAUGGAUGACGGCCUUGAUGCCCUUGUCGACGGCGGGGCCAGUUCCGAUUCGGAAGACGAUGGCUCUGCCGAACGGGACGGUGACCUACAGGAUUCGGAUGCGAGCGACGAUGAAGGAGAAGCCGAAGACGACGAGGUCGAAAGUGAUUCUCGCGAAGGUCCCAGCAACGGAACGAGCAACACGAAACCGCACAUGGCGGCGUUCUCCAAGCAGGCGGACGUCGAGAAGGGGCUUGCCAUCCAGCAACAACGCAAGAGCUACGAUUGCCUUUUAAACUUACGAAUCAGGCUGCAAAAAGCUCUCAUCGCGGCAAACACUCUGCCCACUCUCGCAGAGGAUCUAGACGGGGCGUCGGAACCCUACGAGGCGGCGGAAGAAGCAGCUGUCAAGCUUUUGAACACCAUCAGCACCCUCAGGGAAAAUUUCGGCGUCAGAACGGGCGAUAAGCGCAAGCGGGAACUCGACAUUACCAUGGACAGUGAGACGAUCUGGAAGCAACUUCAAGAUGAGGAAGCUACUGCCGUCCAAUUUCGGGAGGACCGACUGGAGAAGUGGUCGCGAAAGGUGCAGAGCGUCAACGUGACGCCGAGCGCACUGGGACAGAGGAACAAGUCACUCGUCAGUGCCUUGCAAGAUCAGCUUGCCAACCCUGAGAGUCGCCUGCUCAAGCGAACCCGCGUUCCUCGGUCAUGUGCGCCUGCGCAGGCGGCCAAGAAGAUAGUGGAGGACGAGGCUGUGUACGAUGACGCAGACUUCUAUCAGCUCCUGCUCAAGGAACUUGUGGACCAGCGCACCGUCGAAACGUCUUCGGCACAGACCAGCAUGGUGCCGACAGUGAUGCUGACGGCUGCCAAGGAGGCCAAGGUGCGCAAGCAAGUUGAUCGCAAGGCAAGCAAGGGCCGCAAGAUGCGUUUUACAGUCCACGAAAAGUUGCAGAAUUUCAUGGCCCCGGAAGACCGAACAUCUUGGGAGGGUGAUGCGAUUGAUCGUUUCUUCGGCACUCUGUUUGGUCGCAAGAUGGAGUUGAACGAGAACGAGAGCGAGGAUGAAGAAAUGGACGACUUGGACGCGGAAGAGGAGGGCCUGCGGCUUUUCAGGAACUAGGAAGCUCGAAACGAAUGCGAGAGAUGGCGCCUGGUUGUGGUGACUGAUUGCGCCGCUGAAUUGUUGACUCUUUUGAACGCACGUAGCGCACUCCUUCGUAUAGUCCAGUACCAUGAGGUCCAGCAUGAAGUGCGUGGACACUCGGUACUCGCAAGUGCGAACUGG